GUCAGUAACCCAGGAGAGGUUCAAGUACUACCUAUAAUGGUCUAAAAUAGCAAGGCUCUGCCCAAAGUGGGAGGGGGGAAGGUACUUUUUCAGACUGGAAGUACAUUUCUUUUGCUAUUGAAAAGAUCUUUUCACUCUCUUUCGCUUUAAAAAUAUGGUCACGUGGUUAACUGAAGCUUUUUGGCAAAAUUGCAGUGCAUCACUAAUGUCGCAAAAGUUUCGAUUUGGGGUUGGUAUGUUAAUCAAUGAUGAUGUAGCCAUCCUAACGUAAUGCAAUCGGGAGAGGCUUGGGACUAGCGAGCCUUCGAUAAAGCAGCGGUAACUUGAGCAGCUUUUCAAGAUGGCGGGUGGCUGACCUGGUGCAGUCGGGAAUAGCCACAAAUGCAACUGAGAUGCAUGAUAUAUUGAGACCUUUGGAACAGGGCCUUGGAAACAGAUUUAUGAUUGCGUUUUGGAGAACUUGGAACUGAGAACUGGAGAGCCUGGGUCAAGGUUUACUAUGCACGCUUCAACUUUCUCAAACAAGAAAAAGUUUUGGAGCUUUUUGGAGUUUUGAGAACAGCAGCUCAACAGAUGUACUCAGUGCGUGCUAUUUUUUUGUUUUAUUGGAAGGGAGUUUUGUUUCAGACCCAUUCAACCGAGCAGGUAGCUGUCGCUCAUGAGAUUGAUCCAUUUGCAACCACAAAGGCAGCACAUGUUUAUUCAUGUUGCUGAAAGGACUUGACGAUUUCUUUGUUCAGGUCAACUCAUGCACGGUAAAGCGGCGACGAGUGAGCUCAAGACAUGAAUACAAACCCUAGAGGAAUUACACGCCGAACAGUGAACAAGUUUUGAGGGCUAGACUUCUGCUUGGCUUACUUCCUGUACUGUGUUCACACGCGCCUCUCUGUGUUUCAGGAUCAGCCAAGAACUCCUAAUGUGGCGGUUGAUCAAGGUUUUAUUUGGAAUAUAAAACGGUACGUUCGACAAAUGAUUACCGCAACUUUGGAAGAUUUGCAUCGUAGGUGAGGAGACUCGAUGAAAGAAACCGACGACAUCGACAAAUAUCGCAGGGUUUUGGAUUAUUUCACCAACGACGAUGGCUCCGGGGAAUUCAAUACUGGGUCGGGAGACAAAGUCAAGGUUAAGAUUGCCAUUGGCUUUGCCAUCGCUUGCGCUGUGCUCUUACUAGGAAUCUUCAUAUUGUUGUUGUACAAGGUGUUGUGGUUUCGAUCCAAUAGCAAUGGUACGAGCAAACCGCCAGCCAAGGCCGUCGUACAGGGACGCGCGCCAAGUGUGACGGAACAAGAUUUUCGGCGGACCCGCCAGCAACGCAGGCACCAACCUCUGAUGAGAUCCGACAGCUCUGCGUCUGAGAUCGACUUCGAUAAUUCUUGGCUGAGAAACAACAAUCUGACCUCGUCUGAAUCAGACAGCAGCACCGAGCCAAGUCUAAACUUAGGAAAACUCGAAUUUAACAUCAGUUAUGAUACAGAGACAGAGUGUCUGCGAGUGACGGUAGUGGCCGCGCACAAUCUACCGUCAAUUCACAGCACGAGUUACGUGGAAUUGUACCUGUUACCGGAGAGAGUGGAAAAACACCAGACAAAAAUUCAUUAUUCUAACUGCAGUCCUGUUUACAAUGAAGAAUUCCAGUUUGAUAUUGGAUUUUCGGAGUUGCCGGAGCGUACCUUGCAAUGCUGUGUGUAUAGUUACGACGGAUUUUCUCGGCAUCAGUCCAUUGGGGAAGUUUUUUACUCAUUUGACGAGGAUGAUCAAUUGACUGAGUAUUCAGGUGUAUCACUGUGUAAGGAUAUCAAGAGAGAUGUGUUUUUGAUGAAGGAGGAUAGUCCAACCCGUGUAGGGGAGGUGUUGGUGUCACUGUGCUAUCUCCCUACCACCAACAGACUCACAUUUGUGGUCCUGAAAGCGAGACUUUCAAAAAGCACAUUUCCAGAUGAAUUGCCAAGUCCAUUUGUCAAAGUCUCCCUGAUGCUGGCCGGUCGGCAAAUGAAAAAAACGAAGACCUCUGUAGCAAGAAACACCCUACUUCCGGUCUAUAACGAGGCGUUCGUCUUUGAUGUCCCAAUCGAUCGCCUAAGUGACGUCAGCUUGCUAGUGCGCGUGCUCGACACAUACCACGGAGAUGGGAGGCGGCCUCAGACCCGAACUAUUGGCAAGACAAUUGUAGGACCUGAUGCCCAGACAAGCAUUGGUUUGCAUCACUGGAACUGUAUGAUGACAACUCCCAGGAAACCCAUUGCUCAGUGGCAUCCACUGGUAAAGUCGUGACUGACGAUCAAGAAUAUCAUCAGAAAAUUUACCAGUAACGCUUCUGUGACUAAAUGUUCUUUUCAGUCCCAAUACCUCUGGUUUUUUUGUUACCUCGGUAAACUGGACGCGAACGAGGUCAAAUGUUAUUUAAAUACAAUAUGAUAGCGCUCGAGGUUCGAUUGCUCUUGUUGUAUAUAUUCCACUGAACAUUUUGAAAAUCAAGUUAAAUACAAUUUCAGACCUGACCAGAAGGGUCAAAUUAAUGGUUGAACAAAUUUCUGAAAAAUGAAUGUAAUUUAUUGGGGUAUUUUUUGAACUUUUUUUUUUUUAACUGUUUAUAUUCUAAUAUAUAUACUUGCAUAUCCAGCGUAAUGUUUGGGUUUUAUAAAAUAUUUUGCUAUAGCCAAAGUUUUUGAACGACAUAAACGGAAAAUUUGAUGAGUUACUGCUUUUAAUUAAAUGAAUUCAGGUGGAGUUUUUCGGGGAACGGUUUGUAAGGUAUCGAAAUAUUUGCUAUUUGAAAUAACUUCUUUGAUGUACCAUGUGAUAAUUUGGAGAAGAAAGUUUGGUCCAAGGACCGCAUCUUAUCGGUUAUGUGGUCGAGUAACUGAGAGAUUGCGAAAAUAGACCAAACAACGAAAUUUAUUGCCUGGUUGUUAGUUUAGUUAUUUAUGUAUUUAUAUGAUUUACAACUGUAUUUACACGUUGGUUUAGCACUCCGAAACAAAUCUUUUGCACACUGCGCUCUGCAGUAUCCUGAUCAGCGGUCUUUACAAUCAAGAAUCUAAUACCCGGAAGAGAUAGUUACAUCGCUCAAUGGGUUACAUCAAUUUUUUUCUGUUCUUGUUGACAGAAAGCAAAAUAAGAAGAAAAUCUCGUUUAAGUUUGUAAACGUUUUUUGCCAGUAGUUAGUCAACAAUUUGAAUUUGUAUGCGAAUUUUGUAUGGAAUAAAGAAUUUUCGAUGUGAA